UCUGUGAAUUCCCCAAUCUACAUCCAUUCAACCCACAUAAUUCUUAAAUGAAUAAGAAUAGUUCCAUGGUCUCAUAGUAGUUAAAAAAAAAUUAAAAGGCUAAAUCGAAGCAUAGAGAAUUAUUAGAAGGUCAAUCUUUACCGACCUUUAAUUUAAAUAAAUCCGAGACGAAGAAAUGAAUCUUCUUAUCCUCUCUCUUAUCCUCUUUUAUUCGAUUUUCGAAGAUGGCUGUAAUCCUGGAUUCGCUCUCUCCUCCAAUUCACUCCCUGAGUUCUUCAAUUCGGCGCAGGAUUCCGACCACUCUCCCUUCUCCUUCUCCGCGGUGGCCCACCGAUUCAUUCCCUAAAUCUCGCGCCUCACUCAUUUCUCAAUCUCAAUCUCAAACGAUUAAAGCUCUUGCAGUUCCCAGGAGGAGUGCAAUGGCGUUGAUCUUGUCCACUUGUAUUUUCUCCAAUACCAAUACCAAUACCGCAUUGGCUGACCCGCCAUCUCCUGGGUUGCUCGAAUACAUCGACACUUUCGAUGGCUAUUCGUUCAAGUACCCCAAGAACUGGAUCCAGGUCCGAGGGGCGGGGGCUGAUAUAUUCUUCAGGGAUCCGUAUGUUCUUGACGAGAAUCUUUCGGUGGAGUUCUCCUCGCCGUCUUCCUCCAGGUACAAGAGCGUCGAGGACUUGGGGCCUCCUGAAGAAGCAGGGAAGAAAGUGCUGAAGCAGUAUUUGACAGAGUUCAUGUCUACCAGGCUUGGGGUCAGAAGGGAAUCCAACGUUCUUUCUACUUCUUCCAGAACGGCGGACGAUGGCAAAACUUACUACCAAGUUGAGGUAAACAUAAAGUCAUAUGCAAACAGCAAUGAACUGGCAGUAAUGCCGCAGGAUCGGGUGGUUCGUUUGGAAUGGGACCGAAGAUAUCUUUCGGUUCUUGGAGUCGAAAACAGUCGGCUAUACGAGCUGAGAUUACAAACCCCAGAAAAUGUGUUUGUAGAAGAGGAAAAUGAGCUGCGUCAGGUUAUGGAUUCUUUCAGAGUCAACAGAGUGAAUGCAUGAAGUGAAGAAACACAAAAAGGAUUGUGGCAACUGAGGCUUUUGUUUUCAGAUGUAAUAGCUGAAACAUUGUACUUCGUAUCACCAAAUCAAAUUGCUAUUGAAUUGUACAAUUUGAUAUUGUCGAA